CAGCAGGCGAUCCGAGUGUGACUUAUUUCCAAGUCCUCAAACCCACACUCGGACUGAUCGUUAUCUCACAUGGAUUAUGCGCUGCUUGCUGCCUUUUCUUGCUUACUGCCUGAGAGGAAACUUUCCCUACAACUGUUUUCAAGGAAACAGCUUCAUUGUGUCAGAGCCAUGACCUGCCUGCAAAGAUGGACGGGUUUUUUUUGGACCGUACUCUUAACUCCUUGCAUUUUCGGAAUGGCAGUUAAUGAACAGACAGUUGACUCCUGUCCCCUACUGAAUGUAGAAGUGCUGAGGUUUUCUAACAGCUUCGAUGAAACACUAGAAAUCACAGGAUUUGAUCUCACAGAAAAGUUUCUUCUCCGAAAGGGGACAGUCACAGAACACCUGCCUUCAUUUCGCCUGGGAAGCAGCCCACUUAUCAAGCCAACUAUACAAGUAUUCCCAAAUGGAUUGCCAAGUGAAUUUUCCCUUGCCACCAUCUUUCGUGUGAGAAGAACUACCAAAAAAGACCGAUGGUAUCUUUGGCAGAUAUUCGACCAAGCUGGAGACACGCAGGUGUCAGUUGUGGUUGAUGGUGGCAAGAAGGCGGUGGAGUUUUCCUCUCAGGGCCUGCUGAAAAACCUGCUCCGCUACACAUUUAAGAGCCGUGACCUACACACCCUCUUUGAUCGCCAAUGGCACAAGCUGAGCUUUUCUGUUCAGAGCAACAUCGUCUCUGUCCACAUGGACUGCAAGCUAAUAGAAAGGAGGCUGACUGCCGAAAGGGACGAAAUCGACCCGCGUGGGCGUACACUCAUCACCACCCGAAUACAGGAUGGACGACCUGUGGAUGUUGAACUCAAACAAAUAAUCCUGUACUGUGAUCCUUACCUAGUCAAUAUGGAAACAUGCUGCGAGAUACUGGAGUCAAAGUGUGAAGCCAAGAAGACAAUUAAUGGCACCUCCCCAGCUCCAGUUACAGCCCAGCUUCCACAGAUGCUGUCUCAGCGAGCUACACAGCCAAAUGACAGAUGUCACUGUCCAACUGAAAAGGGGGAUGCUGGUCUUCCUGGUCUAGUUGGACUUCCUGGACCAAAAGGGGAUGUGGGAGAAAAAGGAGACCCAGAGGAGGCCUGCUGUCCAGGAAGCCAGGGUCAGAAGGGAGAAGAUGGUUCAGAAGGACAGAAGGAGGUCAAUGGCGAGAAGGGUCCAGCAGGUGACCCAGGACCAGCUGGUCCCAAGGGACAAAAAGGUGAUAUUGGUCUGCCCGGAGCUCCAGGACUGCCUGCUGUCACUGAAUGCCUCAAAGGAGAUCAGGGCCCCCGUGGUGACAAAGGAGAGAAGGGACUGGAUGGCAUGCCAGGCCAGCCAGGCGAACCAGGCAAGGAGGGCAAAAGGGGACGUAGAGGAAAGACUGGGAAGCCUGGACCUGAAGGCAAGCCUGGAGAGAAGGGCGAGCCUGGCAUCUCGGAAGAAAAGUGGGCAAAAGGAGAUAGAGGAGACCCUGGUCAGCCAGGUGCCCAGGGGGCCGAAGGGAUGAAAGGACAGAAAGGUGAUGUUGGCCUCCCUGGUCCUCCCGGUCCUGGAAACAUUGGGCCGCAAGGACAAAAAGGAGAUCAAGGUCCCGAGGGCAAGCAUGGUCCAUCUGGACCAACUGGACUUCCUGGACCCCCAGGAGAGCCUGGCUUGCCAGGAGUCCCUGGGAAAGACGGCCUAAAAGGAGAGAAGGGGGACUUGGGACAAGUGACGAGGCUUCAAGGACCUCCGGGACCUAAGGGCGAACCUGGAGAGCCUGGAUAUGUGGGUGAGCGGCUGUCUUUGUCCAGAGGAACCCGUGGCCCCAAGGGGGAGCGAGGCAUCCCAGGACUACCUGGUGAGCACGGUGAUAAAGGCGAGCCUGGCGAGAGCAUCACAGGCAUGCCUGGCCCCAUGGGACCUCCAGGAAAGCCAGGAGUUGAGGGUCUUCGCGGAUCCCCAGGUUCACCUGGGCCUGCUGGAGCUCUGGGAAGAGAGGGCACGCCUGGCAGACCGGGCCCCCCCGGACCUGCUGGACCUCCAGGUGAACCAACUGCACUGCCAAUUGUUGGAGAUAUGGGGGCUUUGCUCAAGAAUGCCUGCAGUGUUUGCCCGAUGAGAGUUUCUGGGCUGACUGGGCAGAAGGGAGAGAAGGGCUCCCCUGGAGUGCUCGGACAUGACGGCAUGGUGGGAGAAAAGGGAGAUCCAGGUGUGAGAGGUCCAAUGGGAAAUCCUGGGAAGGAAGGUCCAAAGGGAGUGAAAGGAGAGCGAGGCUUCUCUGGCCCCACAGGAGAUAAGGGCGAUGAGGGGCCCCCUGGAGUCCCAGGACUUCCAGGAGUGACAGGUCGCACUGGGGAGCCGGGGAUCAUGGGUCGCCCAGGUCCAAUGGGUCAACCUGGAUCUAAAGGGGAAAGAGGAAAUGAGGGACCUCCUGGUCAACCAGGCCUUCCAGGACCUCCAGGUAUAUCCUAUGUGGAGGGCAAUGGGAUGAGCAGUCUAUACAAGCGGCAGAGUGGUGGAGCUAUUUUAGGACCCCCUGGGGCUCCCGGUGCACCGGGCCCCAAAGGAGAUGAAGGACUCGCAGGGGAACCGGGGCUCAUGGGAUUACCCGGGCUGGAAGGUCUACCGGGUGCUAAGGGUGAUGUUGGUCUGUCUGGUGCACCUGGAAUACCAGGCCCUACAGGGAAGCCCGGCCCUCGGGGAGAACCAGGGAUCCCAGGAGAGCCGGGUGAGAGGGGGCCACUUGGAGAGACGGGGUUCCCGGGACCUGAGGGACCCCAAGGUGUUGCUGGCAGACCUGGAAAAGAUGGAACUCCCGGCUACAAGGGAGCACCGGGGAGACUGGGAGACAGAGGCCCCAAAGGUGAACGUGGUGAUCCGGGAAUUCCCGGAGAGAGAGGUGUCCAGGGAGACAGAGGACGCACAGGAGAUGUUGGCCUGAUUGGCCCAAGUGGACCUCCGGGACAAAAAGGAGAUCCCGGCCCUCCAGGACCUUUGGGCGACCCCAACUUCAUGGAAGAAAUCAAAAUGCUCAUCAGUACUGAAAUAUUAAGGAUCAUUGAAGAAAAGUGGUCCAGCCCUGCCAUGCUUCAGAAGCUGCCUGCAGGCAUUUUAGCCUCACAAGUCCAAGGGCCUCCAGGACUACCUGGCAAGGAUGGCUUGCCAGGCUCACCAGGAGAGCCUGGUUCUCCUGGUCCUCAAGGCUACAGGGGGCAAAAAGGAGAAAGAGGUCAGGUUGGUCUCGGCCUACCAGGUGAUCCAGGACCUAUGGGACCACCAGGCAUUCCUGGGGCAACUUCUCAGGGUCCUCCUGGCUCUCCGGGGCUCCGUGGACCUGCAGGGACAUGUGACCCCAGUGACUGUUAUCCGUUUGAGCCCAGCGCGGCCUUCAGCCAUCCUGCUCUGAGCUCACAAGUGCAGCCAAAUACUGUCCGCAGCAGGAAAGGAGGUACAGCGUGAUUGGUGUCCCGCACUGGGUCUAUCCAACCAACACUUGGAUACAGCCGGGACCUUUUUUUGUGACAUUGCUAAUGGGCUUGUUUUGAAUGCAAUAUUUUUAUGUAAUUAUUAUUAUUAUUAUUAUUAUUGUUUUUUUGCAAAGCUUUACUUUUGGUCAUGUUUUUAACCGACCCCUCUUCUCUGCUGUGAUGUGAUGCAUUCCUUGUCAACCCUCAUCACGUCUCUCAAGGCCGUGAAAUGACUUUGUUUAGUGGGUUUCAGCCCCGUCGGAAUAACAUGAUGUUAAUUAUUUGUUUGCCUACUGAAGUGACACGCCUUGCACCCUUCUGUUCUCAUUCAGAUAAGCGGUCGUGCUAGCAGAAGGUAUACCAUACGUGUGUUUGUGCGCGGGUGAGUUUUGAAAGACGAAGAAGAAUGAGAUUAGAUAAUGCUUUUUUUCAUGUGUGCCUCUGAGAAAAUUAGGCGCUCUUUACUUCUGUCGACUUCACGCAGUGCUCUUUGUGUUGAGCCGUUGCCCUGCGGAACUCCUUGUUAUCAGGCUACUGCAGAGCCUGUGGACGACUUAACACAUUUGAAUAAAGGUCUGAUAAUAGAAGUACGUUUGAGAGAGAGAGCAAGCAAACAUCUAGAAACAAAAAAAAUUGUCCUUGAAAAAGAAAUCAGCGCCUUAUACGAAAGUGCAUCCACUGUGUUUGAUAUAGAAUUAUUUCUUUUUGUGGUAAGAGCUGAAAGAAUGUUUAAGAGCUCUUUUUUCCAGAAUGUGGAUGAACCCAUUUUUGUAUGUGUGGACUAUCUUAGGUUUAUUAUAAAGUGAUUUGCAUCGUGAAAGAUCAUCAUUUAGAAAAAGAAACUAAAUGUCUUCCCCCUUGACUGCAAGUACGUUAGUCCUUAAUUAGCUUUGCUAUGGCAAUUGACUGUACAAAAAAGGGAAAAAACACACUAAGGGCAGAUUGAUACACUUAAGAAUCAUGGGCUGUAUUUUAAACGUUGUUUCAUAAGCAUGAUAUAAUGUAACCUUUAUAAAGGAUUUUUUAAGGCCA